AGGCAUGGGCAUAAAAAUUGAAAUACUACUGCUACUACGAUACCCAUCAGGCCUCUACAAAUCCCUCCCUCCCCUUCCUUCCUUCCAACCGCCCAUUGACCACCGUCUAAUUUUCAGAUGUACAGACAGUGUAGCUAAUUUUUGUCUCUUUUAAUUGAUUGAAGACCCGAAAAAUCCGAAACAAAGGGAAAGAGAGAGAGAGAGAGAGUGUGAGAAAUCUUUUGUAUUGGAUGAUGUUGAAGCUCUGGAGAUGGUACCAGAAUUGCUUGGCUGUACAUCCAGUUAAGACCCAAAUCAUAAGCUCUGGAUUUCUAUGGGGCGUUGGAGAUAUUGUGGCUCAAUCCAUUACUCACUCCACUGCCAAGAAUCGGCCCCUUCAUCUUUCACAGGAUGCGGAUAAAGAAUUUAAAGUCAAUUGGAAACGGGUUGCUAUUACAAGUAUGUUUGGAUUUGGCUUUGUUGGACCUGUUGGCCACUUCUGGUAUGAAUAUUUGGACAGAUUUAUUAGGUUCAGACUAAAAAUGCAGCCCAAAUCAGUACGAUUUGUUGCCACUAAAGUGGCCAUGGAUGGCAUCAUUUUCGGCCCUUUUGAUCUGGUUGUGUUUUUUAGUUACAUGGGAUUUUCAGCUGGUAAGAGUGCCAGUCAAGUUAAGGAAGACUUGAAGAGAGAUUUCAUCCCUGCAUUAGUUCUAGAAGGAGGCGCCUGGCCGUUUAUGCAAGUCAUCAAUUUCCGAUAUGUUCCUGUUAGGUAUCAACUUCUAUAUGUAAAUGCCUUCUGCUUGUUGGAUAGUGCGUUCUUGUCUUGGUUGGAGCAACAGGAAGAUGCAUCUUGGAAGCAGUGGUUCACAUCAUUUACCACAUUAAAGAAGGAAGAACGUGAAGGCAGAUGAUGCUUGAAUUUUUGCAACUAUGUAUAACGUUUUACCCUUGCCCCUUGAGUGAUAUUGAUGAGAAUUUAGAUAAAUUUAAAUAAUUUUGAGGAUGUCGCUGUAAUCAAUAGUGGGGAAUGUUGGAAAAAAAAUUUCCAUGUCCUGAAUCAAGAGAAGGGGCAGUUUUUUUUC